AGUUUUUGCCGAUCUAGCCCCAGGGACUCCAAUGAGGCGUUUCCUGGCAUAGAUAACCUGCUCAGCGGGUAGGAUGCGGCGGCAUGCACCGCAUCGUGCUACUAAUGGCGGUGCUUGCCAAGGCUGUCUCGCCACAGACCAGCGCCAUAGUUCCAAGCACUGAACCAAGCAUCUCCACCACCAUGGCGCCCCCACCGACGGUGUUCCGCAACCCUCGGCCUGUCACGGGGAAGCCCCGGCGACCGAGGCCCGGGAAGGCUGACUCGCCCAUGCUGAACUACAUAUUCGACUCGUACGCGACGAGCAACAAGCAUUUUCAUGACAAGUUCAAGCCACCUUCGUUCGAGGAUGGGAAGGCAUCGGAUGACACCCUCGUCAACGCUGACACAGGCUCAACGGUCAUCUUUGACUGCCGAGUCACUUCCCUAAGGGAUAAAACUGUAUCGUGGAUAAGAGUAUCAGAAGACGAGAAUUUGGAGCUACUAACGGUAGAUCUGGACACACAUACUGCAGAUUAUAGGUACAGAGUGGACAUAGCGGGUGAAACCUGGAAGCUAUCGUUGUCAGACGCCAAGGUCCACGACUCGGGAAUAUACUGCUGUCACGUUUCCACACACCCGCCCAUGCUGAAGAGGUUUAAACUUAUCGUCCAUUCACCUGAAAUAAGAAUGAGCAAGGAGGCUUUCCUGGAAAGCGGAGAGACGUUGUCACUUAAGUGCGCGGUUUUGAACCUGCACCCUGGCCAAGUGGAACCUGAGAUGAGGUGGUAUAAAGGAAACACCACCACUCCGUUGGAAGAUGUUAGAGGAGGCGUGCUGGUUGAAACUGACCAGUUGACGCUGACAAGUCAUUUGCAGGUGGCCCGACUGAAGGUGGAGGACGCGGGGAAUUACACGUGCGCGCUGGAAGCCCCGCUUCAGAUGAGGGCUGUCGCGAGAGUGCACGUCUUACAAGGUUCAAGCUUGGCCGAACUCCAGAGUGGUGUCAAGACCACCACCAGCUACUGCAGCCUGCUCCUCGCAUCCAUGGUGUUAUUGUUCGGCAUCCAUUGUGACGUAAGGUGACCUAUCUAGGAGACAGUCAUGGACAGAUGGGAUCAAAGCAAUAUAGGGUGUUUCAAGCAGUGACGGUUUUUUAUUUCGGAAAAAAGAAUUUUUUUGUACAGACUAAGAUUUGCUGUCUCACUUUAAAUGUUGCUACGGCAAGAAUAUUAAAAAUAUAGAGUUCUUUCUGUCUUAAAGCAUAAUCACAACUUUCUAGGAGACUCAUAACUGCUUAACAAUUUAAUUUUCAAUUGAUUUUGAACCCAAUAAAUUUUUAAAAGCA